AUGAAGCUCAACAUCGCCUACCCGCGGAAUGGCACCGUGAAGCAGUUUGAGGUGACGGAUGAAGUUCUUCUUCGUGUUCACCUUAAUGACUACCGCUUGGGCAACGAGGUUGAUGGUUCAAUCUUUGGCAAUGAGUUUAAGGGGUAUACCUUUAAGCUUCGUGGUGGUUCUGACAAGGAUGGGUUCCCCAUGGUUCAGGGCGUUAUGGCUUCCAGUCGGGUUUCCCUCCUUGUCAAGCGCGGUGCCGUUGGCUUCAACACCUUCCGUGGCUACCAGGGCGAACGCCGCCGCAAGUCUCUCCGCGGUUGCGUUUUGGCUAGCGAUAUUGCGCUUCUCAACGUCACUAUUGAAAAGGUGGGUGAUCAACCCAUCGAAGGCGUAACAGAUGUUUCCCUUCCUCGUCGCUUGGGUCCUAAGCGUGCGAACAACAUUCGCAAGCUCUUCGGUCUCUCCCGCGAUGAUGAUGUCCGUAAGUACGUCGUUCGCCGAAAGGUGACAAAGGAGGGAAAGAAGGACCGGUUUAAGGCUCCAAAGAUUCAGCGCCUGAUUACAUCCACAAUUAGGGCUCGUCGUGCCAAGAAGGUAAAGGUUGCAAUUGAGAAGGUACGCAAAUCGGCGGAAGAGCGUCGGGAGUACUUGCGGUUGAUCGGCAGUCGCCGUCGCGCGGCACGUCAGAGAAAGACGGCUCGUCACCACGCUCACAAGGUCGCUGCCCAGAAGGUGGAGGUUGCCGUCUUCAAGGCGAAGAAAUGA